UAUCGGAAUGGUAAAACGAGAAUGUGCAUGGAGGACCUUGGUAGGAUGUGGAGUAGUUGAAGUUGCUGAAGAGAUUAUUGGCUCCGAAACAUUCACAUUUAAACUUGUAUCUCGUUAAUUAAAGUGUAAAUAGGUCUCCAUUAGCCCCGGGGCAGGUCAGACUCACUGACUGAUGGAAACAGAGAAGAGGAAAAGGGGGAAAUCUCUUCGCUCAAGCAGAAGCGCCAUGCACUGGCGGGGCAACAUUUAACGCUUCUGUUUGCUUUUGUUUUUGUUUUCCGGGUGAAAUGUAGUUUAUCGCCGUGUGGUGGAUCAUGUAGUAAGUGUUUGCGCUUGCACGUAGUAUGAUAUUGAGUCCGAUAUGUCUGAUGUGACGCCGAGUAAAAGCGUGGAAUGGCUGCAACUCCAGUUACACUCCGGAGGCACUUCUCUGCUCCUGCUGGACUGUCGUUCAAAAGAGCUUUAUGAAUCAUCCCACAUAGAGACCGCCAUAAACCUGGCCAUACCGGGGCUGAUGCUCCGGAGGUUCAAAAAGGGCAACAUACCAAUCCGGACUAUCAUCCCCAACCAUGAGGAUAAAGAGAAGUUCAUAAGGCGGUGUAAGACGGACACGGUCGUCCUGUACGAUGAGUGCACCUUGGACUGGCAGGCUAGCGGAGCUCCAACGUCGGUUUUGGGUCUGCUUCUUCAGAAACUGUGGGAAGACGGCUGCGAGGCGUAUUACCUGGAAGGUGGAUUUGUAAAGUUCCACGAAGACUAUCCAGACCACUGUGAGACCCUACUCGACAGCUCCUGUCCCAGUUCCUCUCCUCCACUCUCUGUUCUGGGUUUUGGAAAUCUCCGGAUCAGCUCAGAUUGUUCCGAUGGGGAGUCCGAUCGAGAGCCAAGCAGUGCCACAGAGUCUGAGGAGAGCCCCAUCCCCAGCAAUCAGCCUGCCUUCCCUGUCCAGAUCCUACCCUACCUUUACCUGGGCUGCGCCAAAGACUCCACUAACCUAGACGUGCUGGGCCAGUACAACAUCAAGUACAUCUUGAACGUCACACCCAAUCUUCCCAACAUGUUUGAGCAUGAUGGCCACUUCAGGUACAAACAGAUUCCCAUUUCGGACCACUGGAGUCAGAACCUGUCCCAAUUCUUCCCAGAGGCUAUAUCAUUUAUAGACGAGGCUCGAUCGAAGCAGUGUGGCAUCCUGGUCCACUGCUUGGCCGGCAUCAGUCGCUCAGUCACAGUCACCGUGGCCUACUUGAUGCAGAGACUCAACCUUUCUCUCAACGACGCUUAUGACUUUGUGAAGAGGAAGAAGUCUAACAUUUCCCCAAACUUCAACUUCAUGGGUCAGCUCCUGGACUUUGAGAGGACGCUGGGGCUGCACAGUCCCUGUGAUAACCGUUCUACCAACGAGGAGCAGCUCUUCUUCACCACACCAACCAAUCACAACGUCUUCCAGCUCGACACGCUGGAGUCAACAUGAGGAACAGUUGGACAGCUUUUCUGUUGUUUCCUGUGGUUUCUUUGAGGUUUUCUUUGAGCCUGUCAGAUGUCUAACUGGCUGACACAGGCAGUAAUUGAGUUACACUAUUUCUGCACCAAAAGGAACUACAUUGAUUUGUUAAAGGAGCAGCGCCAAUAUGCAGAGAACAUGCUACAUUAGAUCAAGUAUCAAUGCCUUAAUAUCUAACACAAGGAUGAAUUUUGCUAUCCACCAUACAUGGCAUUAAUGAAUGGUCAUGCACAGCCAUAAAUCUAGGAUUGUUGUUUGACUGUUACUUGUUACUCACCAGCUGUAAAGUGGAUGUUAAUGUAUUUCUUUGUAUUAGUCAUGAUUCUUGCCUUGAUGGUCUAAAAGGAGUCAGAAUGUUUUCUGUGGACCAAUCUGAGAUGUUUUGACGGUACUCUAGCAGAGAUAAAUAAGCUACUACAGUGAUCCGGCCUUGAAUUAUCGUCCAGUUUUUCAUCUGAUGACUGCAGUUCCCUUGCAGCAGAAUGAAGUGACUAUUGAAAGUGGAAAUUUUUUUUCUAUGUGCUUUUAGUCAGAAAACCUUAACUAAUUUCUGGUAAAGGCAGCAGGAUAUCAGAUAAGCGGCCACUUGUUGCAAAAUAUCAAAGUUAAAACACGUUACUCCUCAGAAACUCCUCCUGUACAUUCCAUUGCUUAUAACUGCAUUAUUUGCAUGUGAUUAUGUUCUACCACAGACCUUGUUUUGUAACCUUUAGGUCAUGUUUCCUGUUAUUGUUUAGGCCUUGACCAUACAUUAACAAGAAGUAGAUGUGUAGGUAACAGUAUAUAUGCACGGUUUUUGCCACAACUGAAAGGAACAAAUGUGUAAGUAAUCAGUGUAUAAAGGAAUGGAUGUCCACCUUAUUUUUUACUCUGACAGUCUUCAGCCUGCAGCUACUCCUUCUGUGGCACAAUAAUGUUAAGGGAAACAUGAUGUGUAAUUAGCUGUUCUCUAUUGCCAGUCUCGUCUCAGAACAAAUGAGUGAGUAUGAUGUUUGAGAGGGAAUGAAAGGAAAUGAGUUUGACUAAUGUGUUCUUACCUCACAGAGAGACAUUUUCAGGGAUUUUUAUACAAGGCAUCUGUAGCUCGUCAUGGCCUCUUAAAGUGCAUCCAAGGGCUGUUUUGUUUGGUAUGUUUGUAAAGAUGUACAUAAACUGUGGUUGUUAUAGGGACAUUUUCUCAAAAUCAUGAAGAAUGCGAAAGUGAUCCUAUUUUGACCCUUAUGUAUAGUGUAUGUAAAACUAAAUGUCCAAGACAUUCUGUACAAGUUUAUACAACAAAUAUAUUGUAUAUUUUUACUUGAA